AUGAAAGAGGAGAAGAAAGAAUAAAGGUUGGGUUGGGGGUUUUAGGAAAGGGUUUCACGCACAGAUUCUGUGCAUGAAAGGGACAAAAUGUAAAUGUACACUUUGGUUCCUUUUUUUUUAAUGGGUUAGUUUGGUUCCAAUUUUUUUUUUUUUUUUUGGGUUACAAAAGUGUUGAGCUCGUUUUUUAGAUGACAUCAUUACUAUUCACAACUUUUAAGCAUUUUAAAGGGUCUCAAACUUUACUAUAUUUACCAAAUUAAAUGUGGCAACCUAAGUAAUAAAGGAAUAAAGUAGGGUUAAAUAUAUGACAAAAAAAGUUAUGGUACAUAUUUCACUUACAAAAAGUUGAACAAAGGGGUCAUGUACAAUAUUACCAAAAAAAGUUUGGAAGUAUCUUGAUUUAUUUGGAACAUACUUUGGUAUAUCAUGCAAUAAAUAACAAGUACAAGGGUAGAUUUGGAAGAGAAAAUCCUUUUAGUUAGCAAGCACACAACUAAAUGAUUGAGAUCCAACUAAGGACUACAAAAUCUUUGCAUUGUCCCUUAUUAUAUAUAGUAAUAUAUAUAGAGAGAGAGACUGAAAAGGUAGUAAAUGACUUGAAAUUAUCAUGAAUACUCCUACUUGUAUGCAGUUGGGCGUGAGGAAAGGUGCAUGGACCGAAGAAGAAGAUUUUCUUUUGAGAAAAUGCAUUCAAAAAUACGGUGAAGGAAAGUGGCAUCUUGUUCCUGUUAGAUCUGGUUUAAAUAGAUGCAGGAAGAGUUGCAGAUUAAGGUGGCUGAAUUAUCUAAGGCCAAAUAUAAAGAGAGGUGACUUCUCUUCUGAUGAAGUUGAUCUCAUUUUGAGGCUUCAUAAGCUUCUAGGCAACAGAUGGUCACUUAUUGCUGGUAGACUUCCAGGAAGGACAGCAAACGAUGUGAAAAAUUGCUGGAACACUCGCCUUCUCAGGAAGUUAAAUAUUGCUCCUCAGAAACAAGAGAGAAAGUGCAAAACUAUUCAUGAAAACGCCAUAAUAAAACCUCAACCUCGGAAACUUUCAACCACCAAGAAGUUGAAUUUUUCUUGGUGCAACAAUAAAAGUAUCGGAAAUGAAGAAGCAUCGACAGACAACGACAUCCAAUGGUGGGCAAAUAUAAUGGAAAAUUGCAAUGAAAUUGAAGAAGAAGCAGCAACUAAAAGAACACCAAGUUUGUUGCAAGAAGGACAAAGUGAUGGUUGGGAUGAAUUUCCUGUGGAUGACAUAUGGAAUCUACUUAAUUAGCCGAGAUAAUGAAAUGGCAGUGUAAACUUGUAAUAGGGAUAUAUUCGUCGUUUAUACUUUGUAUCCCAAUUACAAGUUGAUAGGAAAAUAGUUUUGAGUAUUCUAGAAUUACAAAGUGCAUGCGCUCUGAUGUUAUUCGCGUAAGUGCAUUGCCUUUAUAUUAUCUAGGUGUGUGCUUUUGUGGUUUUAAGGUGAUCAAGGUUAUUGUGGGAUGUGAAAGCAUUUAGUCGUUUUGAGUCUAAGAUUAUCCUUUAGUGGAGUAUCUAUUAAAUGUAAUGUUAUUUUCUAAGAGUGAAGUAUGUA